AUGAGCGCGGCCCCGGGCACCUCCCGCGCCCCCCAGCCGCUGCUCCGCUUCCCCGACGGGGCGGGCGGGCCGGGCGGCGGGAGAGCGGCGGGGGGGUCGGGCCGCGCCCCGGGGCCGUGCCCCUACCCCUACCCCUGCCCGGGGGGGCCGCGAAAGCGGCGGCGGACCACCUUCAGCCGGGGGCAGCUGUCGGAGCUGGAGCGGGCCUUCGCCGCCGUGCCCUACCCGGACAUCGCCACCCGGGAGCGCCUGGCCGAGCUCACCCAGCUGCCCGAGGCCAAGAUCCAGGUCUGGUUCCAGAAUCGCCGUGCCCGCAGGAUCCGCAGCGCCAAACCGGAGCCGCCGCCGCUGCCGCCGCUGCCGCCACCUGGGGAGUGGGGUCCCCCCGCAGCACCCCCCGACAGCACCGCCCCGGGCCCGGCCCCCGCCCUGCCUCCACCGGGAGCCCGCAGUCCCACUCGGGGCCUCCCCACCUCGCUGGGCGCCAUCUCCGACCUCAUCUACAGCGUGGCCAUCACCAACCUGGGCGAGCUGUAA